UAGCCAAUGACAGUAGAAAGUUCGGGAGGCGGUUUCCACCCAGAGGUAGGCAGGCUGAGGGGCUUCUCUCAGAGCGCCUCAGUGCUAGAGAGAACUAGAAGGUUCUUGAGAUUUCCCUGCUGAAGGGUGUCUCCCACUUGAUUGAAAGGGUCUUUAUAUCCCAAUUAACCUUCGCCGCGUUCAGUUCUUGGCCAGCGUCGCGCUGUGCCUAAUCCUCACGGAGUAUACGGUUUUUGGACGUCUUCAUCAAGCCCACAGUUCAUCGCAGUCCAGGGCGAGCAGCGUUGUGUUUAUGUCUUUAUUGGACGAAAACGAGCUGUUGCGCAGCCAUUGGUACCUUUAUUGGGGAAACAUAGCAUACAAGCAAGAAGCUCACAGCCUCGGUGGCGAAAUUAUUUUCAUGUCAGAGACCGAGAACUCUUGCAGUCGUUUAUGUCAUCCAGUCUUCUCCAGACAGAAGAUACCAAAAAGUUGCAUUCAAAGUUCUUUUCCUUGUAUUGAAAGAGCUACAAAUAAAACAAAAUGUCUGUCAAUGUCAACCGCAGUGUUUCCGAUCAGUUCUAUCGGUACAAAAUGCCCCGUUUGAUUGCCAAGGUAGAGGGCAAAGGCAAUGGAAUAAAGACAGUAAUAGUCAACAUGGUUGACGUUGCAAAGGCGCUUAAUCGGCCUCCAACAUAUCCCACCAAAUUUUUUGGUUGUGAGCUGGGAGCACAGACCCAGUUUGAUGUUAAGAAUGACCGUUACAUUGUCAAUGGAUCUCAUGAGGCAAACAAGCUGCAAGACAUGUUGGAUGGAUUCAUUAAAAAGUUUGUUCUAUGUCCUGAGUGUGAUAAUCCUGAAACAGAUCUGCAUGUCAAUCCCAAGAAACAAACAAUAGGCAAUUCGUGUAAAGCCUGUGGCUAUCGAGGCAUGCUUGACACACACCAUAAGCUCUGUACAUUCAUUCUCAAGAACCCACCAGAGAAUACAGACAGCAAUACAGGGAAAAAGGAUAAGGAAAAGAAAAAUAGAAAGGGGAAAGAAAAGGAGAAUGGCUCUGUAUCAAACAAUGGCUCUCCAGUUCUGAACGAGCUUAGUCCUCCACGUGAGGAUGAAGAGGAUGAUGAUGAAGACUGGGGUGAAGACACAACCGCAGAAGCUCAGAGACUCAGAAUGGAAGAAAUAAGCAAUCAUGCGAAGAAUCUUACUCUUAGUGAAGAUCUGGAGAAGCCUAUUGAGGAUAGAGUGAACAUAUUAUUUAACUUUGUCAAGAAAAGGAAGGAAGAAGGUGUUAUUGACAGCUCUGACAAAGAGAUAUUGGCAGAAGCUGAAAGACUUGAUGUUAAGGCUAUGGGACCUUUGGUCUUAACUGAAGUUCUCUUUGAUGACAAGAUUAGAGAUCAGCUGAAGAAAUAUAGACGGCACUUCCUCCGUUUCUGCCAUAAUAACAAAAAGGCGCAGAAGUACCUUCUCCAUGGCUUUGAGUGCGUUGUAGAUAUACACCAGGCACACCUCCUUUCAAAAAUUCCACACACAUUAAAGGACAUGUAUGAUGCAGACUUGCUAGAGGAGGAGGUGAUUCUCAGCUGGGCUGAAAAGCCUUCAAAAAAGUAUGUCUCUAAAGAGCUUGCCAAAGAUAUACGCGUUAAGGCGGAGCCCUUUAUUAAAUGGCUGAAAGAAGCAGAAGAGGAGUCUUCUGGUGAGGAGGAGGAGGAAGAAGAUAUUGAGGUUGUAUAUUCAAGGUCUGGGAACAUUCCUAAAGUUGAGACUAUAAAAGCAACACCUGUCGACAAAGAUGAUGACAUUGAUAUUGAUGCAAUUUAAAGUGGUUAAAGCAGUGGAUCGGUUUUUGCUUCUGCAUUUUAUGCCUGAAGUGCAACAUGUAUGAUUAAGCUGUAUUAGCUCAACAUCAUGCUACACUUUUUGUAUGCUUAAAUGUUUCUUUCUACUGUGAUUUUUUUUGGUCUAGUAACAAAGCUUAAUCUAUUAAAAGUGCAUUCAGACAUGGAAAUAUUUAGUUUUGUCUAUUUAUAGCACGUGAAUUCAUUUUUAAAUUGUAGUGUUUGAUGCACAUUUCUACAUUUGUGAAUAAAAGCUUUUGUUUUGGUCACAGCA